CGUGGUUGUCGGGGACACGCGAUUAGAAGCACGUCUGCGAAGAUGUUUGUAUUUCGGACGUAUGCGGUUUAACAUGGGACAUGAAAGUCCUUCCCUUACACCUUGCUGCUUCCCAGAAGAAAACACAAAGCCUCAAGACCCUACUGGAUUCUGGGGCCAACCCUGAAUUAUGCGACCAGCUUGGCAGAAAUACCCUGCAUCUCGUGAUAGCAAACUGGCCAAGUGUCUCAAGCAACUGGAUUGGCCCGCAUUCCAAGUUUCGGUCAAUCAUGGCUAUCAUGCAGCAGCAAGCAGAAGACUGCUUGCAUGUGCUGUGUGAGCAUGGCGUGAACCUAAACGCCAGGCUGCAGAGUCACCGCCAACAGUCAGCUCUGCAUCUGGCUGUGGCCCACCAAGCGCCGUCAGCCAUAGCCAUCCUGGCUAGUCGAGGGGCCAGCAUAAAUGCCACCGACCAUUUUGGCAUGACGCCCCUGCACAUGGCAGCGGGGACGCUUCAGACAGAGAUCACCUCGUGUUUAAUCCAGCAGGGGGCCGAUGUGAAUCGGGUCGUGAGGCAAUCGGGCAACAGCGCGCUCCACCUGGCCGUGCAAGCAGCGACCAAAAAGUUCUGCAAGACUCAGGACACAGAUCUCAGCUGUGUCGAGGAACUCCUAGUGGGAGGGGCCUCGCCCAACGUAAAGAACGCAGCAGGCUGCACGCCUCUCCACGAGGCUUGCCUUGGGGGCAGGGAGGAGGUGGUCGAUCGUCUCCUCCAGCAUGGAGCAGACCUCAACAAGCGCACUCACUUAGGAGAGAACUGCCUCUUUCUCUUCCUGACUCAGACUUCCAAUCUGAAAAGCACUGGCCUGCUGGGCAAACUGCUGGGCCUCACCAGCCCCCUGUCUGUGGUCGACGCAAAGGGCAACCUCCCUCACGUCCUGAAGCUCCCCCGCUACACCACGCAGAAGGACCAACUGGUGCGUUUAGCACAGCAACCACGAGACCUGCUUGGAAUCUGUAAGGUCCACAUGCAUCAGCACUACAACGAGAGCAGCAGGACUUUUUUAAAGGAUAGGCUACCUGAAAAGCUAUACAACUUUGUCUUCCAACAGUGGGAUUGCCCACUGGAUGUGGAACUUAAUGAAACACAUGAGACAGAAGAAUUUGUCCCAUUAGACUUUGCACCCCCGCUUCCAUAUUGACCUCGCUGACCACAGCCACCUUCUACAUGAAUUCCAAAAACAGUCUUUUGGAUCUUUAAAAACAUUAAUCAGCAAAUAAAAUUAAA